GUAGUUCCGGUGGUUUUUGCAAGAGAACUGAGUCGGAGCGGGGAAACCCGGCGGGAUUCUGUUGUUGGAGAAGCAAAUGCGAAUAGCCGGGUGAGGAAGUCUUCAAAUCAAGGGACGCAACUGACCACAGAACUGGUCAAUAUGACACGAGUAUCGCAUGGGGCGUACAACUUCAGUGACAGCCCUAGAAGGUGAAGUAGCUCCGUCCUCGGAGGAAAUGUUCAAGUGCAGCACUGGAACAGCUGAACCUCUGAAAUUUGAACCGGUUAAAUAACCAUCCACCGGGCAUUGGAUCCUGAAUGACAUUCCACAGAUGCGUGAGCCAGAGGAGAGAUGUCAAGAAAUGAAAAGAAAUUCAGCUGGGACUGCAGUGCAACAGAAAUUCAAGUGAGCCAAAGGAGAGAAUCCCCCUGAGUCCCAACUCCCACAACCCUUCACCACCAUGACCACUGAACUAGGGAGCAGCCUGACCUCCAUGGACUGGCUUCCCCAGCUCACCAUGCGGGCGGCCAUCCAGAAGUCCGACUCGGGGCACCACCACCACGGGCAUCAUGGCCACGGGCCGGGCAAGAAGAGCACCCCGUUGGACCCGGGCACAACACUGGACCAGGAGGAGGCGGCCCAGCACCGGGACGGCAAGCCACCCUAUAGCUACGCCAGCCUCAUCACCUUUGCCAUUAAUGGCUCGCCACACAAGAGGAUGACCCUCAGCGAGAUCUACCAAUGGAUCUGUGACAACUUCCCCUACUACUGGGAGGCAGGCAGUGGCUGGAAGAACUCAAUACGGCAUAAUCUGUCCCUGAACAAGUGUUUUCUCAAAGUGCCUCGCUCUAAAGAUGACCCUGGAAAAGGUUCCUACUGGGCUAUAGACACCAACCGUAAAGAGGACACACUUCCCACCAGGCCAAAGAAGAGGCCACACUCUGGAGAAAGGGCGUACAGCCUAGAAUCGGAGACCCUGCGAAUGGACUGUAUAAUGUACGGAGAUGCCUCUCCCACUCUGGCAAUCAACACAGUAACUAACAAGGUAGCGUUGUACAAGACAGAGAAUAAGGGCAGCGAUAGCCCCCGGAGCAGCCUCAAUAACAGCCUCUCAGACCAGAGCCUUGCCUCCGUCAACCUCAACAGCAUGCACCGCUACACACCGGUCAGUAGUAACUUGGAGCCCUCCCAGUCUCUGAGUCUACAGCAGCCUCCUCCCCCUCCCUCUCCUCCUCCCCAACCCCAGUGCAGUGUGGCCGAGCAGGACAAGCAGCUCCUCUUCUCUGAUUUCGAGGACCUCAGUGUCUCGUUCCAAAACCUCUAUAAGUCUGUCUUUCAGCAGUCCUUCAGCCAGCAAGGUAUCACGGGUAUGCCCCGUGAAUUGAGCCAGCAGCCACGGACGUCGUGCUCCUAUCAGCACUCCCCCUGUGUGGGCAGCAGCAACAGUGCCCACAGCCACCAACACAACCACGGUCACGUUCAUAACCACCCCCACCACCACCCGCCUCUCUCACAGCACCUCUCUCCCCACUUGACUCACAACCAACAUCAACAUCAACCUCAUCCGAACACUCAACAUGGGCAGCACCCUCAACACAGCCAGCACCCCAACAGUGGGCAGCAGUCCCAGCACCAUACUGGCCAGCCACCACAGAUAACCUGCACUAACACUUGUCUGUCCGCCAACUGGUACCCCAACCUGGACUGGCUGAAGGAGAGCUGUCGCAUUGCCAGCAGCUACAAUUGGGCUGACGUGGACCUCUCUCCAUUCCAAGGACUGAAGGAGAGCAUGAGGCAGGCGGAGCUGAACAACUGGUCCCUGGACCUGGCCCAGAUAGCAGACCUAUGCUCCUCCAUCAACCAGUUCUUCACACGCACCGGGAUCAUCCCACCACAGGGGCCCCCCAUGCCCACCUGCCACAACCCCAUGCACACCAGCAAGCCCAGCCAGCACAUCAACACGGGUAAUCUGUACAUGGACUCCAGACAGAACAUGUCUUCAAUGAUGGGACCCCCGGGAUACCCCCACAUGCCCCCCAUGAGCAAUGCAGGCUCCACGGUGACAGGGCACCAUGACCAGAUGAACCAGCAGCACAUGAUGCCACCCGGGCACUACCAGAUGAGGAGGCUGCCCACCAACGACAUCCAGGACGACUUUGACUGGGACGCCAUCGUUUAGGAUCUCCCUGAAGAGAGGAAGAAAAGGAGGGAUAGGGAGAGGACGUGAGAAGAGUGGAAACGACCACCUGCCCAGAAAAAAAGACAUUCCAGAAGAGGAAUAUCAAUCCCAUGAUCUUGGUCUUUUUAUACGAGAGUAUAGAGAGUGACUUUGACGACAAUCAUACACAGAGGGAGACAAGUCAACGUUUGCCAGUCGACAAGUCGGAUGGUCACAUUCGAGAAACAAACUUUUGGAAUGGUUUGCAUUGUCUCAUCUCAAUGUUCCGAGUGCCAACAGUUUUACAAGUGUCGGUGAAGUAUAUAUUUUUGUAUUCAUGCUUCUAUUCUCGUUUCUUUCCACUGAAAGCUGACAGUGGAAGCUAGGGUUUGUGAUUCACAAUAACUUUUUUUCAAGGGAUGACCGCCUGCCACAACUGAAAGGAAUGGGCGUGGAUGAAAAAGAUAGUGCCAUUAUACAUAUGAACAAGACUUGCCUCAAAGUGAUACAUUUUUGUUCCAUCGCUACACAAACAUCUGGCAUCUUGCCAGUUAGUCCGGACAGUAUUGCAACUCCUUGUCCCUCAAUGUAGCACUCCUCACCUAUCUGACAGGAGUGAUCCAUGGAAUGAUACUUUCACCACUUCCAAGAAAUAAAGUUAGUUUGAAAUUUGAUAAGGGAAGACCAGAUAAGGAUGCUCAUUCCAACAAGUGUCUGAUCUCUUUGACUGACUCAAACAAUGCCAACUGUAUGGAAUUGAGCACCAUCUUGUGGUUGCAGGCUUAUAUUGCAGAGGGAAUUGACCGUAUUUGGUCAGAGGAGAAAUCACAUUGCACCAGAUGUCGGUUCAAAUGCUUUUUUGAAAUCAUUCAAAUUCUUUGAGCAUUUGUUUCAGCCCGCCUUGAGUGCCAGAUGGGCGGGGCUUGCACUUUAAGGACGGUUCUAUUGGUUCCAUCGCAAAAGGCAUGCUCAAUCAAGCACAGCUGAAGUUUUAUAUAUGAUUUGAAUCCAUGUAUGAAUUGCACCCUUAUAUUUUAAUUUUUAUCCUUAAUGUCUACGUAACUUGCUUUAAACUUUCAAUGGUUUGAUGAACAAAACUCUUCCACUGUAGCGGUUAUUUUGUGCUUUGUAUGUCACCACUUAACUCUGUGCUCAUGAAAAAAAUUGUGACGCUGGGCCAAUGCUAUGUAUGUAUCGCCUGUCAAUCCCUUACUGGUGGUGUUAUGGUGUCUACAGUUUUAUCUAGGUCUGUGUGCGUGCAUGCGCCUGUGCCUGUGUGAGAGUGUGCAAGUAUGUGUUAGCGUUCAUCAGGACUGUCCUGUUACUAGCUCCAUGGUACGAAGCCCUCCGGGUCCCUGUUUCCUGUUAUUUCAGAAUAAUGCAUAACCCCUAUUUCCUUUCUUAGCAUUUCCAAAACGUCAAAGGUGACAUGGGUAUGUGUGUAGUUUAAUGUACCUGUUGGCAGGUGCUUCGACAACUGUGGCGGAAAGGUACACCCAAUGUACUACGUUAUAAGCUAAAUUAAGUGAAAUAAUGUGGAUUUAGGACUUACAGUUUAUAGUAGACUCGUGUGCCAGGUGAACUGGUGAACGAGACUACUAUAACGUGACUUUAGUCUUUGGCCUGACAAUAAAUAACAUGUAGUCCUCCUGUUCAAAAUGAUCACAUGGUUACAGAUUGGCUACAUUCCGAUUCUCCCGAAGUGUGCAAUCGUAUCCUUGAAUUGCCCCUCAUAGAUUUAAAAGGAAUUAACUUGCACCAAUCCAGUUAUGAAAUACAUGUGGGGGGGUGAAUGAGUGUACACUUGGAGGGUAGAGAAUCGGAAUGGACGGGGACACAGAUGAUUCCAAGGUGCCUAGUCAUAGGAUGGGAGAGGGUAAGCCGUGUACUGGGUACGGUAGCAUCAAGUAGAGAAAAUGGUUAGACUGACGGGCCUAACCUGUCCCUAUCUUCUGGGGGAAAAAUGUAAAAAGAGCUCAGUGAGGGACAGAGUGUGGUGGACAAUGCAGUAGAAACAAUAAAUAAACAGACAAAAUGAUCUAAUGAGCUGCAUUUGAACUGUGAUACUUACAAUUUUCAGUGUCUUGUUCUCUCUGUAACCCUUCAGUAUACCUACAGUUCCAUAAUUUAAAUCAUAUCCAUUGAACGAUGUAAAUCAGUAUUUAACUGAAUAUAUACAGGGAUGAUUAUUAAACGGGACCCAAAGUGCUCGUGUCUUUUAAAGAACUCAAAUGAUUUAUAAAUGCGGUAAAGAGGCCAAUGGAACAGAUGCCGGAUUGCCUCACGUUCAACAAAUCUGUUCUAAUAAAGUGGAUAUUUGUCAAAUCCGCAAUGAUGGAUUUAUUGUAACAGGCCCACAAUGUGGUUACUAAAGUCAGAUUUAGAUAUAUUUGGAUGUUUUUACAUACCAUUUAGAAGUAGGCCCAUUUCAGGUUUAGAAGAAGUGACUGCUAAAUGCUAGCUCACGUCUAUGAGUGAAAUCGGUGGUGUUAGUCGUUUUUAACUACACUGCUCAAAAAAAUAAAAGGAACACUUAAACAACACAAUGUAACUCCAAGUCAAUCACACUUCCGUGAAAUCAAACUGUCUACUUAGGAAGCA